AUGAAACGCGCCUCUCCGCCUCUCCAAUUCCUUGCUGCCGCAGCAUCCUCCGACGCGACCUCCACCAUGUCUUCUCGCCCUCCGCAGUGCAGAGGCGGUCGUACCCAAUGGCGAAGAGGCUUCGCUGACCGGCCUUCCGGUGACGGCAGAGGCAACCAGUAUGUGACCGGAGACUCCCACUUCCGGUCCGUCAGAGACGCCAAUCGAGGGUUCAGACCAGUAGAGACAGAGAACUUCUCGAACCAUGGCUCGUUUCGUUCUCAACCUCGCCCUCAUUCGUUCAAUCCUCGAGCACGACCGUUCCAUCCCAGACCUCAUUUUUAUCCUCCUCCUCCUCCACUGCCUUUCAAUUCUGAUCCUCGACCGCCUUUUGAUCCUAAUUUUCCCCCUUUCAAUCCGAAUCAACCAUUCCGACCACCGCCACCUCCUAGUUAUCGGAAUCAACAGUUCCGCCCACAGCAGCAGUAUCGCCCACAGCCGUCCAAGCCAUUGGAUUACCGGAAUUGGGAGCAUGCUAAGCCGGGACCGCCUCCUCAUUUUUGCGACCGGUUUACAGUCCUCUCAUACAAUAUACUAGCUGAUUACCUGGCUAUUAAUCAUCGGAGCAAACUUUACUUUCAUAUACCUCGUCAUAUUUUGGACUGGGAGUGGCGGAAAAGAAAUAUUCUUUUUGAGCUUGGGUUAUGGUCAGCUGACAUACUGUGCUUUCAGGAGGUUGAUAGAUUUCAAGACUUAGAGGAGGAGUUAAAGAUUCGUGGUUAUAGUGGCAUUUGGAAGAUGCGAACUGGUGAACCAGUUGAUGGUUGUGCAAUAUUUUGGCGAGAGUCAAGGGUUGAUAGUGAUGUGGACUCAUUUGCAAUGCUGCAUGUUGUCUACUGCCCAAAGCACCAUUAG